UUAGUGUGGUUUGAUUGAAUUUGGAGAUGCAGUCGGUGUUCCGGGGUAGUUUCAUCUGUGCGGUCGCAGUAAAUUUUCUUGUCCCCUUCACUGGUCGAAGCCGACAUAAAUUGAAAUUGAUAUUUUGCUCGAGGGUUGUUUUGCACUGCAUCUGGGAGCAUCUUGUGCACUCAUGCGUUUGUUUUUCAACACAUAUGUCCAGAAAAUAGUAUUUGAGAGAGAUACUGUCACCCCAGUAGACUGAUUCCAUAACCCUGCAAAAUAUAUUAAACUUGGAGCAUGAUCUGAUUAGCUAAUUGUUUUCCAGUAAUGUUUGCUCGGACUUCUGAACUCACAUUUGAUAUCCACUCUUUGCAAAAUGGAUCUCUCUUGCUAGGCGAGCCCAGCAAGCAUCUCUUUCUUGGAGUUUCGUUUUGUUUUAGCUUUUCUUGGUCUUGCUUUUCUUUCCCUGUAUUUUCAUUUUCUUAAUUCUGUAAAUUUAUAUGCACGUGUGUUUCUUUUAUUUUUAUUUUUAGUAGUUACUUUAUUCCAUCUGUUCUUAUCCUUUUAAGGAAUUUUUCUUCUUCUUUUUGUCCCAUCGACAGGCGAAAAUCCUAUUGCCACUCAUUGUGUUGAAUAUGCAUGGCCAACAUAAUUUUGUAUUGUCAUGGGGCCGAGCCAUUUUAGCUAGGGUGGGAUUUUUUUAUUUUUUAUUUUUGAUUUAUUCUCCUCCUAUUUUUUAUGUAUUUCAUAAAUUAAUUUAUUGGGGUUUCCCUUUUUGUUCAUUUUUCUUUAAUUCCUUUACUGUUAUUUUUAUUUUCAGGUCGCUAAAAUUUGUAUUUAUGUUUUUCUGCAUCCUUUUCUAUUUUUAUGAAUUAAACAUGUAUACGUAUAUUUAUCUAAUGCAUAGAAUAUUUUUCCUACUAAUGAGUAUAUAUUUAGGCAUUUUUUAAAAUAGUGAUAUCUUUGGAUAGUGGAUAUAUUUAGUUAUUUUUAUCAUAUUGUACAUUUAUAUCCAUCGAAACAAUUUUUUUCCAGCGGAGUUUUAUUUGUCCAUGUGUUCCUGAAAAAAUAUACACAUCACGUUUGUAAAUUGUUUUGAAUAGUAAACGAAUUUAUACGAAAUUUAAUAUGCACCAUCUUUGCAUUCCAUGAACCUUUAUUUUUCUAUAAAACGAAUUAAAACUAUUCAUAGAUUUCAUGGAGUAGUCCGUAGUGGAGUCUCUAAAAAGACUUAUAUUUUGGAACGGAGGGAGUAGUUUUAUGUUAAGUUGAAGACGGCCACGUCCGUUUCAAACGUUUAAUCGAAUGGGAAAUAAAUCCCCCGCAAAAAAAAGAAAAGAAUGGGAAAUACAGGUUGGCUGGGCCUGGCUUGACUUGGUCACCCGCUCCCGUUCGGGCUUCCCCACUGCACUCCCUCAAAAAACAAAAAGAAAAAAAGAACUCCACUCGCACAGCGGCGAGAGCGGCGAGCUGCUCACCGGCGCGGACGGCCAAUCGACCCCGCUCCCGGCGCGAUCUCUCCGGACUGAUGGAAGCAGACAAGAAACCACGCUCGCAGCCCCGGUCACCGUGGUCAGACCUCCCGCUGGACAUAGGGGGCGUGGUGUUCAGCAGGCUCCCCCGGUACGCUGACCGCGCCGCCUUUGCUCUGGUGUGCCCGCAGUGGCGUGACGCCGCGAGGCGGCAGGUCCUGACCCUGCCACUGCCACUGCCGGUGCUCGCGCUCCCAGACGGCACCUUCUACAGCAUCUUCUACCCUAAGCUCUAUUCCUUCCCUGGCUGCGGCUUCGCGGGGUACGAGAGUGUCUGUGACAGCUGGCUCGUCUUCCCACGUGACGACGGCUGCUUCCUGGUCAAUCCAUUCUCCAGGGCCAGCUUCAUGCUCCCUGCUCUCUCCAGUGUCCGACUCCUGCCUCCAAAUGCAGUCGCUAAGUGGUCACUCGAGGAUGGGUCACAAGUUGCUGACCCUUACAUCACAUGGAUGCAUAUCAAUACAUCGGAAAAGCUGCACAUAAGUAAGCUACUCCUGUGCUCGCCAAACCUUGUUGCUGCACUGGUUGGCAUUGGACACACCAGCCAGAUUCUGAUGUGCCAGCCAGGGGCCUCGUCGUGGUCAGUGCGUGCUUACGAUCAGUGUAAGGGGUUCGAAGACAUGGCAUUCUACCAGGGAAAGCUCUACACCAUUGCCAAUGACGAGAACCUCCUUGUGGUGAACAUCAGCCAGGACCAUAGCACCGGCGAUCCACAGGUUUCUCGGAUUGGACAAAUCAUCAAGGGUGAGCCAUGGUAUCCAGCUGUGUUUGAGGACGACACUAUGUGCUGCAAGAAGCUUUACCUGGUUGAAUCGCAUGGGGUGUUGCUGAUGGCACGAAGGACGAUCAUGUGCCGGGUACCUGGACCUGGAGCGGUGCCUAUUGAAGUUGCUGGACUGACUGGGUUUGAGGUUUACAAGGCCGACUUUGAGCAUUCACGGUGGGUCAAGGUAUCGACCGUGGGGGAUGACCAACUGCUGUUUCUAGGGCGAAGGUGCUCCAGGGCCAUGUCUGUGUCUCAGUACGGGUUGCCCGGUGAUUAUAUCCUCUUCUUGGAUGAUGAUGAGGAGAAUCGUAUGGACUACUGCUACGACAGGGAGAACACUUCUUUCGGCGCCUAUAAAUUGGGAUCCGACGGUGUCCUUUUCCCUCAUCCCUAUAUUUCCUGGAAGCUUUGCGAUGAGAUGCGUCUGGCUGCAUGGCUCUUCCCUCGGGACCCAUGAGAAUGAGUCAUAAUGCUAUAUAUAUGCAAGCUGCUCCCAGGUUAUCUGGCCAUGCUAUAAAUGUUGUUGUUCCAGGGUUAUUUUGCAACCUGCUCAUAGGUUAUCUAUCUGACGGUGGUAUAUAUAUAUGGUGGUUGGUAUAGUGUUCACUGGUUUACCUACAAGACGUGAAAUGCGUUAGUAGUAUUGCUACUAUCUAUCUGAACUUUGUUACUCUGUUUAGUGUUGUUUGUUAAUCAGCGCUUGUCUGAAGUUAUCAUGGUGGUUUUUGAUUAGUAACGUGGCCUAUGAAAGAUCUUAAAA